CAGGCAGCCUGUCGCGCGGUCGGGGCCGCAGAGGCCGCAGAGCGCGGCGCCCAGCCCGCUACUCCGCGCCAUGGCCCCGCGCGCCCGCCGGCGCCGCACGCUGCCCUCGCUGCUCGCGCUCUGUGCGCUCCUGGGCUCGCUGCAGGUGACUUUUCAGGUCGCCCCUCCGUGCGCCAGCGAGAGGCAUUACGAGCACGUGGGACGGUGCUGCCGCAAGUGUGAGCCAGGCACGUACAUGUCUUCCAAGUGCACUGCCACCUCCGACAGCGUGUGUCUGCCCUGCGGCCGGGACGAGUACCUGGACACCUGGAACGAGGAAGAGAAGUGCUUGCUGCACAAAGUGUGCGACACAGGCAAGGCCCUGGUGGCGGUGGUGCCCGGCAACCGGACGGCCCCGCGGCGCUGCGCCUGCACGGCAGGCUACCACUGGAGCGAGGACUGCGACUGCUGCCGCCGCAACGCCGAGUGCGCGCCCGGCUUCGGCGCCCGGCACCCGGUGCAGCUCAACAGAGACACCGUGUGUGAGCCCUGCCUGGCGGGCUAUUUCUCCGACACCCUUUCUUCCACAGAAAGAUGCAAACCCUGGACCAACUGUACCAGUCUCGGAGCCACAGAAGCACGUGCUGGGACCAAUAAGUCGGAUGUGGUUUGUAGUUCUUCUCUGCAGUCUCCAAAACGCUCAGACGAGCCCCAGGUGUACCUGCCCAGUUUGGUCAUCCUGCUUCUCUUCAUAUCCGUGGCGCUGGUCGCCGCUGUCAUCUCUGGCGUUUACUACAGGAAAAAAGGGAAAGCACUAACAGCUAAUUUGUGGCGCUGGGUCAAUGAGACAUGCGGCCGCCUCAGUGGAAAUAAGCAGGCGUCCCCGGGCAGCAGUUUCGGCAGCCCUCCCGCGGAGGCCUGCAGUCUGCGGCGCGAACGCUGCGAGGGCGUCUUCCAGCUGACCCUGGAAGAGAAGGUGUUCCCUGAGGACCUGUGCUGUCCCGACGGCGGUGGCGGUGGCCGCGGGGCGGUCUGCGGGGCGGUCUGCCCGUGCACCGGCGGGGGCCCCUGCGCCAGCGCGGAAGGCGCCACGCUGCUCACCUUGGUGAGCGAGACGGAGGGGGACCCGCUCAAGCAGAUGCCCACGGAAGACGAGUACGUGGACAGGCCCCUCCAGACCCCGGACUCGUCGCUGUCGCUUGCUCAGCCUGGGAGCAAACCCGCACCCCCUUUCUCGGAGCCGCUGGAGGUCGGGGAGAACGACAGCCUGAGCCAGUGCUUCACCGGGGCCGAGAGCCUGGCGGACUCCGACACCUGCCGCUUGGCCGAGGCCCCGGGCAGGACAGACUGGACGCCCUUGUCCUGCGAGAAGUACUUGCAGAAAGAAGUGGAGGGCGCCAACUGUCCCCACUGGGCAGCCUCCAGCUCGGCCGACGGCUGCCCAGGCUGCGGGAACUCUCCUGGGGAGGACCGGGAGCCCCUUCUGGGUUCCCCCCAAACUGGACACUUGCCCCAGUGCGCCUACGGCAUGGGCCUGCCGCCGGAAGAGGCCGCGGACAGGGAAGAGGCCGGAGGCCCGCCCGGCGAUGGGGAUGACGUCACGCCUCCCAGCUCCAGCAGGGGUGGCCCUGGGCCCGGGAGCCCCUCCAGCGACCAGCCACCUGCAUCUGGGAAUGUGACUGGAAACAGUAACUCCACGUUUAUUUCCAGCGGGCAGGUGAUGAAUUUCAAGGGCGACAUCAUCGUGGUCUACGUCAGCCAGAACUCCCAGGAGGGCCCGGCGGGGUCCGGCGGCGGCGCGGGGGAGCCGGUGGGCCACCCGGUGCAGGAGGAGAGCCCGGCCAGCUGUGACUCCUUCGCCGGGCUCGCGCCCCGCUUCCCGGACGCCUGCGGCGGCGGCGCGCCGGAGCCGGACAAGGCCUCGCGGCCCGUGCAGGAGCAGGGCGAGGCCGAGGCCUGUGCGCCCGGGGCGCAGCGCUGAGCGCCGGAGACCCGCCGUGGCUCUCGGCGGCCCUCGGAUCCAGGACUCCGCGGGACCGGCUGCGACUUCCCGGCCAUCAGCGCACGGUCCACGCCCUUGCGCGCCCCGGGGGGCCACGUACCCACCUGGCGGCGAGGCCACGUGGGCCGCGAGCGCCUGCGCCUGGACGGGGCCCAGAUCAGCGCCCGCACGCUGCUCCUCCAUUCGGUACAUCUGCCUCUAAUGCCGGACACGCUGCGCCUGCCGAGCUCUGUAGACUCGGGGGCUUUUUAAAAACGUGAAUGUGUCGGCACCCCUCUGACACCCGGUCACAUAUCAACCAAUGCCUCAGGUACACGCCGCUCCAUUGGGUUGCUCCCCCUUGGCCCCCUUGUACGGUUUUCCUCCCUCCCUCUUUCCCUCCCUCCCCCCUCCCAUCGCCGGCUCCCCAGUGGUCGUCUCUCCCCGGCCUCUGGGUGUAGGGUGGUCCUGUUCUCUCCGGGGCUGUGUUCUUUCCCUCCUGUGUGUUCCCCUUUCUGUGCUAACAUUUUCCGUGGUCUCCCUCUACACAUGCACGCUCGCGUGCACACACACACACUUUUUUACUGUUUAAGGGUUUUUCGUGAAUUCUCCCAAGGGCGAUGGUUUUUACCGACCACCUGUGGCGCCCCUUCUCACGAGCAGGUGCCUGUGUUUAGGUGAUCGCUGGGGGGUGGAGGGGGCUGGUCUGUAAGCACUUCAGGGGGUGGGGUGAAGGCUAGAAAUGUGACACCUGCAGGGAGGCUCAGGGGACAAGGGGAGAGACUUUUAGGGUGUGAGAACAUUUCUGUGUUCCCAUUUUUCUACAAGAAGGGAAGAGGGAAACCCCGUCUCUCCCUCCGAAAGGGUUUUUGCCUCGUUGUGCGUGGUCAGGCAGAACUAAGGGGCAGCACGUGUCCUCCCCUGCACUGCCCCCUGGUGGUCAUCCCCGGGGUGAUUUCCCCUCCAGCAGACGCAGUCUGGUUCUCUGGUAAAGAAAUCGCUACAAACCCUCUUGGCUACCGCGUGUCGUUCUUAUUCCCAAUGUCUCUGGGGCAAAGGUGCGGGAAAUGAACAGGGCUCGGGGGCGGCCAGCACACCGAGUGAAGAGGAGGAGCCCAGGAAGUUCAAGAAACAAAAAACAAAGUUGAAACAUUAACAUGCAUUUUCUUUCUCCACAUAAGAGUGGCCUAAAUGUGUUGAGGCCAUAGGCCCUGUUUUCCUCCUAAAUCUUCAUGCUCCUGUAACUCAGCCCCGUAGAAGUAGAAAACGUUCCGCCAUCUUCCAGUGCAUUUAAGUUAAAAACCAAAUCCUCCUGCUGGGGACUGAAGGAAAUCCAUCACCCGAGUGCUUUCCUCCUAGCGCCAGGCCUCCUAUGAGGGAACAGACAGGGCGAGUCAGGCUGGAAGGCGUUACCUGGGUCAUUCCAUCUGCUGUAGUUGGUGAGCCUCUGCUCUCCUCAAACACUAGAGAACAGUCAAAAUUCCUAAAAUUAAUUCUGCAGGCCUGGUAGGUUUGAAGGGUGCUUACAGUGGCCACUGUCCCCCCUCUAACAGCCACAGGUGCCCGUGAAGGGAGUGGCCAUUGACCCCUGGUUUCUCCCGACUGGUUGCAGUGCUCCUGGACACGCUGCAAGGUAGCGGUCAGUCACCGUGUUUGAACGGAGACGCAGAGGGCGGCUUUAUAAUUUGUGGGGGUCCUUAGCCGACAUAAAAGAAAAUCACCAGCAAUAACAGCAUUGCCAGGGUGAUCAAUUGGUAAGAAUUUACUGUCUGCUCUGCCCUUUUCGUUAACAUUUAUGCAAAGAGAUGCUAUAAAAGAGGACGAAGCCGCCAUACCUUUUGAGGUGGGACACACGAAACAGACUGGCGUUCACGCAGUAGAACGCUGAGCCAAAAACCCGAGUUUCCACAGGGGCCGUCAUCAUUGCUCCGGUUUGACUUUGCGUUUCUGUGCUUCCAUUUUCCUUCCUAUGAAAAGGCACCGAUGGUCAUUUUGGGCACUCUCUCUGCCCAGCGAUAACUAAAGCAUGAGCUCCUUCCAAAGAGAGUGCCCAACAAAUAAUCUACGUCCAGAAAAGAGUCGUAGUCUUAUUCUCCCCCACGCCGACCCUACUCAUUCUGUACUGACCCAAAGGCAAUGAAUGACAGGACGCACGGAGCCAUCGUGAGUCUGGGUGCGUGUGCUACAGAGAAGCGUGUGGCCAGUGGAAACAGAAGGACAGGAAGACAAUAAUGAGAACUCAUUUGGGGAGAGGUGAUCAAGAAGCUAUUGAAUGCAUAUUUGACCAUAAAAGGCUGUGUUUCAUGGUUUGCUUAUGUAGGGCCCUUUGUAAAACAGUGACCUGUCUCAUGCCUGGUCUCUGUGGUGUGUUGUGGUGCCAAGUGUCGGUUGCAUCGCGUCUCAUUGGUGGAGCCCUGGACACCAGAGUGGGGACGGAACGUGACUCGCUUGCAUUGAUGACAUAUGUGCUGUUGAUCUCAUAGGAAAACUUUUUAAAACAUAGAGUCGAAAAGGAAAUGGAGUCCAAUAGUUCCUACCCAUGUUUAACACCAUCACCAAAAGAAGGAAACCUUAAUUUUUUCUCCACCUGUUAGUGCAAAGAGCAAUUCGAAUGUGCUGUACUAGACCCUGCUUGUACGGCUCGGAGAAAGGGCUCUUGCUGUGAAAUAAACCAUCCAACACAUA